CCACGAGGAAGGACAAACAGGAGAGGGCACUAACUAAACUCAGUUCUCCCCUUUGUUAAACGCCGAGGACUGCUUUAUGUAUAUGCACAUACAUUGAGAGGAACUGAAGAGGUUACUGGAGAGAUCCGGUAGGGCGGACUGAUUACCUGACGAGACGGAAAAAGCUGCUGAACCUGUCUAGCUGGAUCCGAGUCAUUAUAACACCGUCAUGUGGAUAGGUGGCUGGAAGUGCAGCUUCUAAACAUUGGAAAGUCCCCCAACUCCCUGUACGAACACCCUCGCUACCAGCCUUCUGACAGCAGGGAAAAGGCAGACGCUACUCGGAGUUGCCAGGCUUACCUAGUGGCGGCACAGCGUUGACCAUGUCAGGGACAGUGACGAUCAGCAUGACGGUCAACACUACAAAAAAAGAAAACAUCACAUCAAUGGCCACAAAAUCCCCUGAAGAAAUUCUGUACCAGAGCUCUGGUGCAAUUGUAGCUGUCAUUGUAAUUGGAGUAAUUAUCAUACUCACCCUGGUAUUGCUCACUUUAAAGCACUAUAACAGACAAAGCCGACUGAAAAGAGAUCUGGCGCCAAAAUCAUCAAAGCAACUUUCAAAUCCACUUCCACAGACUGGUCUUGACACAAGCAGGCAAACAUCACAGGUUUCUAGUUCACUGAAUAUUCCUUUGGAAAGGAAAUAAUAACUGAAGUACCAAUGUAAUUGGACAGAAAAGGAUGCUAUUACAGACUGAAUCUGGAUAAUUUGGGUCGCAGAAAUGCGAAAUAAAAAUGUGUUACUAAAAUUACCAUCUUUAUCCAGUCUCACAAACUUUCUGGGCUGCACUUUAUUUUUCCAGGCUGCAGAAUUUCAAACAGUUAGCAGUUACAUCAACAACUGCAGUGCCCUGAAAAAUAGUUGGGAUCACAGCUCCUCACGAAAUCUCUGCAUUUGUCGACUCAUAUGGAAAUAAUUGAUUUCUCUCUAUCUCUCGUUUAGAAUAUAGAGCAUAAGAAAGUCAUGGAUGUUAAAAGUCCAACACUUGUGUUUUUAACUCUCACAACAUCCAACUCUAUUUUGAAAAGUACAAUGAUUUUGCCUUUAUUAAUUUGCUUGGUAAAUCACCUUAAAUAUUUAUCGCUUUGAUUAAAAAGUUCUAGGUGAAUGGAAUUAUUAACAUAGAGAAACUGCUAAAAUAAUCCAAGUGUAAUAGUGAACACAUCACUUCCAAAGUAUUUGAUGUUUCUAACUUGAUUUUCAUUUUUAAUGGCUUCAUCUCUUUACUUAUACAGUGCAAGUUUUGUUCUAGUAUCCAUGUGUUAACUGAGUACCAUUUGUAUGUAACUGUGAUCUAUGUUAUUUGACUAUGUGCAAUACUUUACAUUUAUCAGUGUUAAAUAUGUUUUACUGUUGCUCUAUCCAGAUAUGUAGAUUUUUUGAAAUAUGCUUUUUUUAUUGCUUCUCUUAUUUUGCUUAGGCAGCAAUUUCUGACAAAAUUGUAGUUGGUUUUGCUACUUGGAUUGUUUCAGUAAAAUCCUGAACGACUGCAUUCUCUCAUGACAUCUUGCAUGAUCUUGGUGUCCUAUUUAUAAGACACAGUCCUAUCUAGUUCCAUGUUCUAAAAACAUUUGUGCAACUUUGCAUUUAAUUAGCCUGUUUACUUGGAGAUUUUUCAAAAGCUUUCUUGAAAUUCUGAUAAACUGUACAAGGGUAAGCCGACAGCUACUUUAUCCGUAAUGUCCACAAAGUAGUGAAGAUGUUGGGCAGGAUGUUUAAAAUUCAUGUUGCUUGUUUCUUGUUAAGUUAUUGCUUCAUGUAUACUCUUUCAACAUGUUGCUUGGAAUGAAUUGUAUUGUUUUACUACUUAUUAAUAUUAUGUUAAUAGACUUGUCACCUAGAUCAAAUUUGCUGUCUUGUCUUUUGAAAGAUUGAUUUAAAGUGAGAGGUUCUUCAAGACCCCCAUUUGUAUCCCAGCCAUUGAAAAAAAAGUUAUGUAAAAUGAAGGAAAUUUGAGUUAAGACCAUUUAUCUCUGCUGGUUUGACAAGCCUGAUUAUUAAAUUUAAAUGGCAAUGCUGUAUCCAUUAACUAUGGAAUCACUGAUGUUGUUUUGCUUUCAAGUUUCAAUUUUCCAAUGUCGAGGUUGUGGGUACAUUUUACUCCUGCCAUUAUAUAAUUGCCAAUUACUUUGCAAUUUCUUUUGCUCACUCUUGGCCUUGUAUUUUGGCAAUAUACAACACUGACAGAAGUCACAGCCACUUGAAAUUAAUGUUGAUACUUGAGUUGACUAAUCUGUAUUAAAUAGGUUUUAUUUAUUGCUUUGUGCAAAUACACAUUUUAAAAUUAGAGCAAUCUGGUAUUAAUAGACCAACGUAGUUGGUUUAUGUAGUUUUUCUGAUCCCAAUCACUAUAAGAAGAUCAUACAAUAAGUGGAGAGCCAUCAAUGAAGAUAAGUCAUGCAAAAGCAGUAACAACCCAGGGCUUACUUGAGCUGAAUACAAUACUAGCAAAUCCCCAUGAGCAAAUUUCUGUUUGAGGAUAGAGAAUUUCAAAACUACAAGGUGAAUCUGUAAAUUUUAAAUAAAUACCCAACUUGGCCUAAAGUGUUGCAGUGUUUUAUAAAAGCAAGCCUUGCCUUUUUAUAAACAUGAGAAUGUACGUGAAAUUAUGAAAAGAACGUUCACUGUUUAUAUGCAAAGUGACACAUUGAAGGAUCGAGUCACUUUAAGUGAGACCGAUUUUUAUUAUUGCACAACAGAUUUUUGCUGAAUUUGAAAUUUGGAUGCCUUUCUGUCAUGCAAUUUCCUGUACACAAUAAAUG